AUGACGGAGGAGUUGGAUGAACUACAUGAUCAACAGCAUCAGGAGGUUUUGCAGGACAUUCGUACCACGGAGGCACAAGAUGUGGAGGAGUACGUCUCCACAAGUGAGAUAAAGGAAAUGUUGGGAAUCUGGGAGAGAUUUUCAGACUUUAUUGAGAAGAAACACCCAGAGAAAGUUUCAAGUGGUUGUGCGUUGGAGCUAUGCAAUGAAGCUUGCAUUGAGAGUGAAGUGAAGGAAAUGGGUGGCAGCCUCAGCAGACUGAUUGGUAAUCAGCUUGGAACGCAUACACAGAAGACUGUUUUAAACUCUAUGGAAGAUGUCAAACCUGAGUCUCAUGUGUUACACACUGUUUCAGAUGAGCUUACAUCAGAGCAUGCAGAUGUGCUGGUGAAGGGGACUGAGACUGAAAGCAUCACUCCUCCUGUAUCUGAGGCAGGCAAUGAUGAUGAAGUCUUGGGUAGUGCUCUCGUCCAGGAAGGCAAUGUAAAGGUUGUAGAUGUUAAAAAGAAAUUAAGUUCAUCAGAGAAGAAAAGAGGUAGGAAGAAAUUUUUGGGAGAUAAUGCAGUUAUACCAAAAAGACCUAGGAGGAGCCUGAUGGAUGAAUACGUAACAGCACAAAAUAAAAUGAAAAGUAUUUCAGAGGAAUCCAGUACAAAGGAGCAGGAGGCAGAAUAUGAGGUACAAACCAUCAUGGACUUCAAAAAAAGUCAGGGACAGUAUUUCUACAAAGUAUCUUGGAGAGGUUAUAGUGUAGAAGAUAACUCCUGGGAACCUUCGUCAAACUUGACCGGAUGUGAAGACCUGCUCUUAGAAUUUUAUAAAUCAAGAUUAAAACAACAAGAAAGAACAAAAACUGAUGAUUUGAAUUACCAAGUGAUGCCACAUGAUGCCAAUCACCAACAUAUUCUGCACAAAGCCCUGUUUUCACACAUUAACAAUCCUACCCAGAAAGACUAUGAAAAUAGUAUAACACUCUUGGCCUCUCCAAAACCUCCUGUUCUGAAGUCCCAGAAAGAAAUUGCUGAGCUGGCAGACAAAGCUCUGUCACAGAAGAAGGUGAGAUAAAUUAUUAACACUGUUGCAA